AAUUCCUUACCACAAAGCUAAGGAUAAAGAAAAUAAAUAGUAAAUGGAAGGGUUUCUUCGCUUUCUUGUAGCGAAAGCCAUCUUAUUGGCUUUAGCAUCUUCAUUUGUAUCUUGUUACGACCCAAGUCCUCUUCAGGACUUUUGUGUUGCCGUCGAUGACGCUAGUGGUGUUUUCGUGAAUGGAAAAUUCUGCAAAGACCCAAAAUACGUGAAAGCUGAAGACUUUUUUACUUCCGGACUAAACAUCGCCGGAAACACAAUAAACCGCGUUGGCUCCAACGUUACAAACGUUAACGUUGACAAAAUCCCUGGACUCAACACCCUCGGAGUGUCUCUUGUCCGAAUUGACUUUGCCCCGGGAGGUCAAAACCCGCCACACACGCACCCACGAGCCACUGAGAUCCUCGUGGUUGUCGAAGGAACACUCUUAGUCGGUUUUGUAACAUCGAACCAAGACAACAACAGAUUGUUCUCAAAGGUUCUUUACCCGGGAGACGUUUUCGUGUUUCCCAUAGGAAUGAUACAUUUUCAAGUGAACGUUGGGAGGACGAACGCAGUUGCGUUUGCUGGUCUUGGUAGCCAAAAUCCCGGUACAAUCACAAUCGCAGACGCCGUUUUUGGAUCGAAGCCUUCGAUUAUGCCGGAGAUUUUAGCAAAAGCGUUUCAGCUGGAUGUGAACGUGGUUAAAUAUCUCGAGGCAAGAUUUUCUUCCAAUUAUGAUCGUCAUUAUUAACAAGUUAAGAGAAUGAAGGGAAAUGUACCAAAAUAUGAAUAAAAAUAUAAAAUAAAAUGUAUUAUAGCGUGGUGUGAGAACUAAAAUAAAACAAUUAAGACUGUAAAAAAGAAAAAGAAAAAAAGAGAUGUGUCUUUUAUAGUAUAACUUUUUAAGGUAAGGUGCUUGAACUUGAUUACAAAAUUAAAAAAC